CUGUCGGUUCGCACAGGCGACUCUGCCGGAAGCCGUUCUUUGGGCCGCUGGUGGGGCGGUCGCUUCUUUCCGCUCACUGGGAGGAGGAGGCACCUGGCCCCGGAUGACGGCGGUUCUCGUCCCUGGGGGCGAUCGGAAGCUGAAGUGGGAGAGCCAGUUUGUCUUCAGUCCCGGUUCUCUCCGGCGCCCCGCGGACUGAGGGCCCUAUCGUCAGGACCCGGUGACUGUCCUAAUUGAUGGUCAUUGUCUUUCAGAACAGGGAUGGAGGAAAUGUCAGUCCAGGAAGCAGCAGGAUCACCAAGGGUCCAGUUUCAGUCUUUGGACACGCAGUCUGAGGGUCUGUCCCUAGAGCCUCAGUUCGUGCAGGAGACCGACAUGGAACAGGGACCCACUGGGGCUCCACCUGUUUCCCAGGUGCCUGCUCUUCCCCACGUGGGAAGCCCAGGAGACCAGGCAGCUGCAUUCCUGACAGCCAGGUACCAGGAGUUUGUGACAUUCGAGGAUGUGGCUGUGUACCUUACUCGAGAGGAAUGGGGAUGCCUGGACCCUGUUCAGAGAGACCUCUACAGAGAAGUGAUGUUAGAGAAUUAUGGGAACGUGGUCUCACUGGGCAUACUUCUCCGUCUUCCCACCACACGGAUACAUAAUGUGAAUUCCUGCCCGGCCCUGAGUCAUACCCAGGCAAGUGCUUUCUCUGGAGAAACACUUGCAGUCCUUUCAGCAGGAAUCACCAAGAGAUGGCUCAAGUAUCGACUUCCCAUCGAUAUUGCUCGUCCCUGCUCGGAAACUCCUUUUCCACGAUUGUAAGAUAUUAAACUUGAUUGAUGGAAUAGAUGCUCCCCAGGAUGCUACCGCUAUGUAAAAUUGCAGACCUUCAUCGUUAAAUAUUUAAUGUAAAGGGCUAAGGAAGCUUCUGUUGCAACCCAGUGCGUUUCAAACCCAGUUUAUUCAGAAACCACGAUUGGUGGUCAUCUACUUGUGUUUUGAGAAACCACCAAGCUCACCUCCACCUCUUCAGUCAUGAUCUUUUCAUGCGUUUUAGAAUGUGGAACAUAAUGCUGUGUGUCUCUCCUUUUCUGGAGUAUACGUGACCUGCCCUUUAUAUUGCCUAACUCUGCGCAACCCCUGGGCUUUUCUCAUAUUUAACAUUCUAGUCUUCUCCUUCCUUUAAAUUUCCAUGGCUGUUUCCAAGGUCCAGCCUUCCUCCCCUUUAUUCUUCCUGGUGCUUUACAGUGAAACAUUUGUAUUACUUUUUCUGAUCAAGUUAUUCCUUAGCUCUGUCCUUGAUGGAGGGGAAAUGGGAGGGUAAAAGAGUUCAGAAUUAUUUCUUUAUUUCAAGUAUCAAAUUGAAUAUAUAUUUAACUUUGUAAACUGUAAAAUGAUGUAUAAUUGUAAACUACUGUAAAUUUUACCUAAUUACAGAAUUUCCAACAGUUAACCUGUCUACUUUUUGGAGUAAAGAAAUUUCUUAGCAGUUUAAUGCAGUCUUACAGUACAGCAUGCUGUUAGACUGAACUUUAUCCCAUUUCCUCUGUCAUCUGCACACACACAGCAUGCAUGCACACACACAUACACAAAAAAUCCUCCUCCUCAGCUUGCUUUUGUGACCAAGCCAGCAGCAUCUCUUAUUUUUACAGUCCUGGGAAAAUCACAUUCAUCUUUGUGCGUUCAGCAAAUUCUACCUGAAUUUAACUUUACACACUUAUUAAUUUCGCUUAAUGUACGGUGUUGGAAAAUAAGGAUUUUAAAAUUCAGUCCCUGAAUCAGCAACCCCACUGUCCAGUUCACAUCAUUUUCCCUGUGGUGGUAGCUAUGGAUUGUAUUUGUCACAGAACUCAGAACUUUAGUCCUUCCACUACUUAAUAGUAGAUAUACAGAGUAUAAAAAAUUGAAUGAAAUAGUAAAAAAGAAGGUAAAAAGUCAUAAUUUUCAUUACCAGCUUUUAAAAGAAGCAUGUUCUAUUAACGAUGAGCAAGUUACUGGCUCAAGGGUCAUACUCGAAGGGAAGUUCCUGAUUUUGUGCUGGGAAGGGGAACUGGGUGCGGAUGUUGAGUUGCAUACCCAUUGCUGUCGAGUUGAUUCUGACUAGUAGUGACCCUAUAAGACACAGUAAAACUGCCCCAGAGAGUUUCCAAGACUGUAAUCUUUACAGAAGCAGACUGCCACAUCUUUCUCCCAUGGAGCAGCUGGUAGGUUCGAACUGCAGACUUUUUGGUUAGCAGCCGAGCACUUAACCAGUGUGUCAUCAGUGCUCCUUGAGUUGUACAGGUGCCCUAUUACUUGAUGGCAUUAGAAACAUGGUUGUCAAAAUUCUAGUUGAUGAUAAGUGGGUUGAUAAAUCAGUAAUGUUUGGCACAUAUCCCUUGGUAUUUGAAGCUGAUGUCAUGGAGGACAACAGUGAUUUUGCACAAAGUAUCUUUUACCUCUACAGCUAUUUACUGUUUACAGAGAAACCAGUAAGUACUAGAUACUGUACAUGUCUCCCUUAGUCCUUGCCAUAACCCUGGGAGCAGGUAUUAUUCUUCCCAUUUUAUACAUGAGGAAACUGAGGCUUAGAGAAGUUAAGUGAUCUGCUCAGGAUCAGAGCUAGGAUUGGGACCUAGUUGUGACUCUGAAGCCCAUGCUUUCCCCCCCACCCCUCACCAUUUUGUGCUUGUAAGACAAUUAGUUGGCAAGUUUGGUGUUUUUAUAUUUUUAUGGGUUGUCUGUACUCUGAUGAGGAGUCCCUGGGUGGUGCAAAGGGUUAAUGCUCAGCUGCUAACCAAAAGUUUGGCAGUUCAAGUCUACACAGAGGCUCCUUGGAAGAAAGACCUGGCAAUCUAAAAAAAAAAAUUUUUUUUUUUUUUUUUCUGAAAAAUCAGCUUUGGAAAACCCUAUGGAACACAGUUCUACUCUGACACACGUGAGGUUGCUAUCAGUCAGUCAAUAGCAACUGGUUGGUACUCUGAUCCAAGAAAAAUUCCAAAUUGACACGAUAAAUUGGAGAGAUAGGCACAAGAUUGUACAGUUUAGGACUGAAAAGGACAUGUAUUCAAGAAGAAAUAAAACAAUCUAGGUGUAAAUUCCAAUAUAAUAGAUAUCUGUGAAACAAAGAUAUUCCUAAGGAGAGGUUUUACUUAUUUAUUAAGGACCAGGAAGAAAAGCAUGAAGCAUCUCGAUGGAUAAAAAUCUUAGCACAACUCUGGUACAAGCAACAGACCAGGUAAUGGGCCUUAGUAAGAGGUAAAUUUUAAAUGUUAUUUUUAAAGAACAAAUUAAGUUCAAAAUAAGUCUAAUUAGAAAAGUGCCAAUGUUUAACUCAAGUCAUUUUAAAUGGGAAAAUUUUAAAGCAAGUGCAUAUUUUUAAAGGAUAGAGUUUUUAGUUAAAUUUAGGAAAAAAGGUGUAUAGGCCAGUGGCAAGAUACAUGCCAUUAAUACUUUCUGAGACAGACAGUGUGAUAGAUUGGAAAGAAAGUAGACUGUAGAAUCAGACCUGGUUCCACUUACCAGCUGUGAUCCACUGGUAUGUUGUUUAAUCUGACACGUAUUUUUUCUCAUCUAUAAAACAUGAAAAACCAGAUCUAGCUUUCAGGGUUGUGCUGAGGAUUAAAUUAGAUUAUGUACAUAAGUACCUGGCUCAUGGUAGUUACUUAAAUGUUUUGGAAAGGAUUGCAAGUGACAGAGCUGUAAACCAGUUUUUUAAUGUAGAAAUUUCAGGAGAGAAUCUAAAUUGUUUCUUUACAUAGGGAUUUCCUGAAAUUGAAUAUUGCUCAGACUAUUGCCUAGAGGUUUGGAUUUUUAUUAUCAAGUGAUUUUCAUUUCUCUGAUAUUAAAUGCAUCCCUUUUAAUGAAAACUUCCAUGAUUUCAAAUCUGUUGGAUCCUGACUCUUCAUGUAUUGUUCUAAGCACUUUUUAUCUUGCUUUUAUUAUUUUUACCUUUUACUCCAUUGUCAAUAUGUUGGCCUUCUGCUCUUCUCUUUCUGUACAGUUUUUGGGGGAGGAAUUGAUUUCAUUCACAACCGUUACUUUUUACUAGGAAAGUACUUAAAGGCCAAGUUCUGAAAUAAGACUUUGAGUUGAGUCCUAGCGUCACCAGUUACUUUGACCUUGGGCAAGUUACUUCGACCUUGGGCAAGUUACUUCUCUGAAUCUUAGUUUUUCCGUUUGUAAAAUGGGUAUAGUAAUAGUUCCUAUUUCAUAAAGUUAAACUGAGUAUUAACUGAAUAAAACUGUUAAAAUCUUGGCACGGUACUUGGCACCUACCAAGUGCUCAGUAAACCUUACCUUAGUAUUCUGAGGGUAUUGAUGAUACAGGCAACUUUAUGUCUCUAUCUCAAACCUGUUCUCUCUUCUAAAUUGCAGGCUUGUAUUUCUAACUGCCUGCUAGGCAUUUUCUGUCAUACCUUGCUGCAUUGCCUCUAACACAAAUGUAAAAUCUAACAACACUUCAUCCCACAUAAAGACAGUUUUUGUUGUUGUGCGUACGUGUUUUAAGUGCAGAUGGUACAGAGUAAAUAACCAAAAUUUGCUUCGAUUCUCGAAACUUAGAAACAGUUUAGUAAGUAUCUCAAAAUGAAAAGUUGCAAAAUAUGCUCUCAGAAUUUUUGAGCCCAAUACUUGCUACUUCAUGCCACACUAACUUUUUUUAAUUAACUUGCAAAACCACUUUAUUUGAUGUGGAGAACUUUAGCUAAAUUAGUGUCCAGAAUGAGAAUUGACUGUUAAUGUUCAGCAGGAAUUCAGAAACACAGUAAAUGCUUUCUUUAUAUCGGUUCUUACUUCCUUGCUUAUAAACUUUCACCAUGGGAUCCAAAUGGGGCAGCUAUUGGUUGAUCAUAUUUUCUCGGCAUACUGCCCUUUAUAAAAAAUUGGGUUAAAAAAACAAACCAAACCCACUGCUGUAGAGUUGAUUCCAACUCAUAGCGACCCUAUACGACAGAGUAGAACUGCCCCAUAGGAUUCCUAAGGAGCUGCUGGUAGAUUUGAACUGCUGACCUUUUGGUUAGCAGCCAAGCUCUUAACCACUGUGCCACCAGGGCUCCAAAAAAACAAAAAUGUUGGGUAGCCAUUAUAUAUUGACACUUGGGCGGCAUGAAGUGGGCACUCAGCAAGUAGCUGUUAAGUACAUGAAUCAAAACAAGUACAAGAUACAUGGCCCUUACUAUCAAAGGGUUUAUAUAUCUAGUGGGGAUGAUAAUAUCUGAAACUAAUUUUUAAAAACUCUGUUAUAUGGUAAUGGGGCCAUAUAAAAAGAGGAAAUAACACAUUUUGUAAGUAUUUAGCAACUGAAAAGAAAGCCUUUAGGGAGAUGAGGGGCUUGAGCUAGAUCUUGUAUGUAUGUAUGUUACUAGAAGAUUUUUGGGCAAAACACAUAUAAAAACUACCCUUUGAUACUAUAAUAGUUUUGCCUUCUCAGAAUUAGGCUGCCUGUUGCUUUUGCUUUAAAAGAGAUUUAGAUCCUACCAGUCCACUAUGCAAGGCAUCUAAAGGCUAUGUUAUAUGAAGAUGUAUUUUAUUGCCGUUUCCUUCCUGUAUUGUAUUAGAGUUAGUUAUGUAUAUCUAUCACUGCAGUUCAGAGAGUAAGGUCCUUGAGGGGAUGGACUGUAUUUACUUGGGCUCUUUGUCCCCUGUAUACUAUGUACUCUGCAUAUGGGAAAAGCUCCAUAAGUAUGUUUUGAAUAAACAAGAGUGUAAGCUCGUAAAGGGUAGGGGAUGUGUCAUGUUAUGUUUUCUCCUGUGCAGUGGAGCUAAUUGUUCCUUGAGAUUGAUCCUUGGCGUAUCUAUUCAGUCUUCACUGUUUCUGUUGCUGUAUUUUAGCUCACCAUACAGCAGGUGCUUGGGUAUGCGCCUUUCUCCGGUCUAGUAAAGUAAUAUUUUGAUGACCUUCGUUUUGAUACUUGUUGACCAGAUCUAAUAGAAAGAUUGAUCUUUAGAUAACAGAUGAGGAGUGGUAAUAAUAACUUCUGUAAAGACAGGUAGACACCCAUUCACAAAUCUCUUGUCUGAGUAAUGUUUAAAUGACUACUUCUGCUCCCAUGUCAUCAAUUUGCCCCUUAACACACCUCUUUGUAAAUCACAAAUAUGAGACCUUUGUAGAGGAUCUUUGCCCUGCUUACUCUCCAGGCCUUCCUAAUGUCUUCUGAGGGUUUACCUUCUCUCCAUUAACCAUUAGUUAAAAGAAAAUGAGGCAAGUACAGCAUCUGGAGAGAAAUCGCCACAUCCCAUUUCCUUCUCUAUGAGCAGGAUUCCCAUUUUUCAAGUCUGAUGGGAUCUCCCAGCUGGAACAAGAUCUACAGGUCUUUGACCUGGAAACUAAGAAUAGAGAGGUCUUAAGAGAUGGCUGCUCAGGUAAGUAAGGCAAAAUCAGAUGGAAUUAGUAGGGAAGUAAAAGUCCAACUGUUGAGACAAGUUGUAGCUUCUCUGACAAUCAGAAUGAAGAGCUCCUUCCUUUUCCCUUCAGUUUGACUGUUUAUUUAGUCCAUUCUUAUCCAUGGUUGUACGGGGUCCCUAUUCAAGUUGCUUUUAUAUAUAUAUAUAUAUAUACGUUUUUAAGUAUUCCCCUAUCAUCUCCUUUGAAUCACCUAAUUGGUUAUCUUUUUACCCUGCUGACCACGUCCUGUGUCUCGGCUGCACCGUGAGCUAUUUGAAUCCUACCUUACUGCUUCUGUUCAUGCUCUUCAUCUACUACUGAGAUUUUGUGGCAGUUUUUCAGAGCAAAUAAACUUACCCUGGUAGAUACUAGAUUAUUUUGUUUUCUCCUUUCUAAGUUUUCUUAUUCUAAGCACAGGGCACAGAUUAUAUUUGUAUUUUCUAUUUAUGUAUCAGAUGGAGACACGAGUGAAGAGAACACAUUGAUUCCCAAGGAGAAAAUUUCAGAAAUACAUUCACACAGGGUGAGAGUAGGACGAUUCAACCAGGAUAUUGCUCAAGUUCUGGAGACCAGAGAAGUGUUCAAACCUGAGGAGAGGUUAGAAGGGCUUCAGGAAGUUUUUAAGGAAAUUUCUACCCCUGGAGAGAGAGUUUAGGCAAAUAGCAAUCAUCAGGAAAACCAUCAGCAUGAAAAGCGUGAAUGUAACGAACCUGAGAGAUGCUUCAGUCUGGACUUUAACCGUGAUACGGUAGAGAGAGUUCUUAGAAUACAGAAUAUGACAAGUAUGACAUGAGCCUCCGCCAAAAUUCAGCUUCUAUUAAACAUGAUCAAAUAAACCUAACAUAAUUUUCUGCCAGAAUUCAGCUUCUAUUAAACAUGAUCAAAUAAACCUAACACAUAAUUUUCAAAGUAGUGAAUCUAAGGAAAGCUUAAUGGGUGUCUCCUAUCUUAGUAAAUGUGAGAACAUUCCUACUACUGAGAAAUCUUAUAAAUGUGAUGCAUGUGGGAGAAUCUUUUAUCAGAGCUCAGCCUUCCUAGACAUCAGAGAAUUCAUACUAGAGAAAAAACCCUACAAAUAUAAAGGAUGUGAAAAAUCUUUUAGUCAAAGGUCAAAUCUUAUUCUGUAUAAAAGAAGACACCCUAUAGAAAAGCCCUAUAAAUGUGAAAAGUCUGAUAAAUCCUGUGAAGCAGCUGAUAAACCCUGUAGUCAGAGCUCAGACAUAAUCCAGCAUAAGAGAAUUCAUACCGGAGCAAAAUCUUAUAAAUGUAGCAAUUGUGAAAGAGCCUUCGGUCAUAGUGUAUACCGUACUCAGAGAAUUCACAGUAGAGAGGCCUUGUAAGUAUACUGUAUGUGGCAGUGACUUCAGUCAUAACUUCAUACCUAAUGGAACAUCAGAGGGUCCACACUGGAGAGAAAUGUUAUGAGUCCAGUGACUGUGGGUUGACUUUUAUUAAGCAUUAAGGAAUUUGUCUCAGAAAAAAGACCUAUAUAUGUGAAUGUGGGAAAGACUGAAGGUUGAAUUCACAUCUUAGCAUCAAAUAAUUCAUAUGGGAGAGCAACCAUAUGAAUGUAAUGAAUGUGGAAAAUCCUUCAAUCAAAUCUCAUGCUUUGUUCAGCAUCACAGAAUUCAUAGAAAAGAGAAAUCAUGAAUGGAAUGCUUAUAAGGGAAGUUUCAGUCAUAGCUUUGAUCAUAUCCUGAAACAAGAAGUCCUCGCCAGAGAAAGUCUUUGAUUGUGAUGCAAGUGGGAAGAACUUCAAUCAGAGAGCUCACCCUGUUCAAUGAAGGAUUCAUACCAAAGGAAAACCUUAUGAAAGUAAUGAACACGGGAAGGCAUUUAGUCAAAGUUUAGGUCUCAUUGAACAUCUUGAGUUCACAUGAGGGAGAAGUCAUGUAUGGAGUGAAUGUAGUCUGCUCAGUCAUUAUUUAGCAUCAGAGAAUUUACACCAGAGAGAGCCUAUGAAUGUGACAAAUACAGGAAAGCUUUUAGUCAGUGUUAAACUCUUCAUUGACACUUGUAGCUCCAUAUCAGUGAGAAAACCUAUGACUGUUGAAUGUGGUAAAUGCUUCGUGCUAUUUUUUUUUUUACCUUAGUCACCUUAGUCAUAAUGGAAUAAAAUCCCGUUACUGUAAUGAGUGUAAAAAAAGCCUUCAGUUGAAGCAAUUAUGUACCUUGUUGAUCAAAUUCAUGCUAUACAGAAAGCCUGUAAAUGUAAUAAAUAUGCGUAUAUGGUGGAGUGUGUAGAGAUUAAGUCAUAAUUCAACUUUAAUUCACCAUCAAGGAAUUUAUACCCAGGAAAAGUUAUUUGAGAUGUUGCAGAUCUUUCAGUUGAAGUUCAAGUCUUUUUCACCACCAGAAUAUCCACGUUGUUGUUACAUGCUGUUGAGUCAGUUCUGACUCAAAGCGACUCUGUGUACACCAGAAUGAAACACUGCCUGGUCCUGUGCCAUCCUCACAUUCAUUGCCAUGUUUGAGUCCAUCGUUGCAGCCACUGUGUCAGUCCAUCUCAUUGAGGUUCUUCCUCUUUUUUGUUGACACCUCUACUCUACCAAGCAUGAUGUCCUUCUCCAGAGAUUGGUCCUUCCUGAUGACGUGCCCAAAGUACGUGAGAUGAGGCCUUGUAUCCUCGCUUCUAAGGAGUAUUCUGGCUGUGCUUCUUCCAAGACAGAUGUGUUCAUUCUUCUGACAGUCCAUGGUACAUUCAAUAUUUGUCACCAACACCAUAAUUCAAAGGCAAUUCUUUGGUCUUCCUUAUUCAUUGUCCAGCUUCUGCAUACAUAUGAGAUGAUUGAAAAUACCAUGGCUUGGGUCAGGCUCACCUUAGUCCUCAAAGUGACAUCUUUGCUUUUUAACACUUUAAAGAGGUCUUUUGGAGCAGAUUUGCCCCAUGCAAUACAUUGUUUGAUUUCCUGGCUGUUGCUUCCAUGGGCAUUGUUUGCAGAUCCAAGUAAAAUGAAAUCCUUGACAACUUCAGGAUUUUCUUUGUUUAUCAUGAUGUUGCUUAUUGGUCCAGUUGCGAGGGUUUUUGUUUUCUUAAUAUUGAGUUGUAAUCCAUACUGAAGCCUGUAGUAUUUAGUCUUCAUCAGAAGUGCCUCAAGUCCUCUUCACUUUCAGCAAGGAAGGUUGUGUCACCUACAUAUAGCAGAUUAUUAAUGAGUCUUCCUCCAAUCCUGGUGCCACGUUUUUCAUAUACUCCAGCUUUUUGGAUGAUUUGUUCAGCAUACAGGUGAGUAAGUAUGGUGAGAGGAUACAACCCUGGCGCGCACAUUUUCUGAUUUUAAACCACACAGUAUCCCUUUGUUCUGUUUCAAUGACUGCUUCUUGGUGUUUGUACAGGUUCUACAUGAGCACAAUUAAGUGUUCUGGAAUUCCCAUUCUUUGCAAUGUUAACGGUAAUUUGUUAUCCACACAGUCGAUCCGUCUUUGCAUAGUCAAUAAAACACAAUAAACGUCUUUGUGGUUUUCUCUGUUUUCUGCCAAGAUACAUCUGACAUCAACAAAUGAUUUCCACACCAGAUGAGAAUCUGAUGUAAUGCAAAUGGAGAAAUUUACUACCAUAUUUAAGGCUUUGCUCAACAUUACAAAACUCAUAUUGGAGACAAAAUUGUUGAUGAUUUUGAUAUGAAAUCAGUAGUACAUAGUCCCAGUCAUAUUCACUAUAGAAGAAUCCAACCUGAGGAAGACUGGUGGAUGUAGUGUCGUUUCUCAUGGCAUUCUUUUACUUUAAUAUAAUAGAUGUUUUAAGUAAGUAUAUACACUUUAAUUACGGGACUCAUUUAAGAUUUUUAACAUGGGCUGUGAACAUUUUUCCUGAAAUUGGUUCUUAACUCUUUUCAACUUUCCUGACAUAUCGCUGAUGCACCAAUGUUGAAACACAUCAGUCUCUGGAAAGGAGCUGAUUUAGCUUUUUCUGCUGCUCUUAGCCCAGGUUCUCUCUAAAACAGACUCUUAGGCCUGCUUUCUUCUAACUACUACAUCUUGCUCCUUUCCAGCCACAAUACAUGAAUUUGUGUUGAUCUGUCUAUUCAGCACCUUCAGACGAUAGUUUCCCAGUUUUAAGCUUUUUUUACCAGCAGGUAUGCUGUCCUUAAUUGAUGUUACUGUUCUGGUGUCUUCUUUGCUAAAGCAAAGCAUCUUCUUUUAAAGUAACCGAGUAUCUGUAUCCUGUCUAUCCAUGAACAUGAAGUAUUUUGUCUCCCCUGCAUUUGGGGCAAGAAGCAAAAACAUUUUCAAUCGAUGCCUGAGUUCUUAGCUGCCUUGUCCGUGUCUGCAUUCACAGCCCUCCAAAAGAGAGGAUAAGGACGUGAGGGAGACAACAAGACUCUUGGUGGCCCAGCUACAUUCACGUAUUGCCUAUUUUGCAUGCCUAAGUUUACAAUUCUUUUAUAUGUUUCUGUUGAAGCCUAGUAGAAUGCUCAGGCAUGCUUUCGAUAGGGCAAAACGUAACUUGAAAAAAUCAGUUUCCUAAGGGCGUGCAGCCUUCCAGCAAAGAUGUAGCUUAUGUAAUAUUUUAGAGACAAUAUUUCAAGAAGAGAGGCAAGUCUGUUCCUGGUAAAAUUUUAAUCAUUAGGAUUACUCUAUUAUCUGUUGGAUUUCCCCCUGCCCCCUCAUCUUUCCUCAUCAAUCCAGGACAGUAUUUGAAGCCUGGGAGCUUUAUAAUUGCUUAUUCAUCAUCACUUUUUUUUUCAACUAGAAUCUAGGCCAUAUAAAGGAACAUGGCUUUUUUGGUUGAUAGAAGUAGUCACAGAUGGCUCCAGAAUUGAGGGCCACUGAGUCCUGGUGGCACAAUUUUUGAAGUGAACGACUGCUAACUGAGAGGUCAGUGGUUCGAAACCACCAGCAGCUCUGUGGGAGAAAGAUGUGGCAGUCUGCUUCCGGAGAGAUUUACGGCCUUGGAAACCCUAUCUGGUCACUAUGAGUCGAAAUCGAUUUGAUGGCAGUGGGUUUUUGAGUCGUACACCUAAUAGAGUUUGUGAUUCUUUAAAAAAAAAAAAAAAAAAGUGAUUCUUUA